UAUAAGACGUUGAGCACAUGCGGUUGUGUGUUCAACUCACUUCAUAAAGACAAGCAACAUGACUGCAUCCUCGGUGGAGUACACUAUUGGAGGAGUUAGGAUCCAGUUCCCCUGCAAAGCGUAUCCAUCCCAGCUGGCCAUGAUGAAUUCAGUUGAGAGUGAGUGCACCAAAGGCAGCGCGGCUUCGGACGUCAUCGCUUCCCGGUCCGCCCCUAAAUGAAGCAAGCCUCGAUACGCGCUUUGCGGAAACGCACCCCUCCAUUACUCGACACACGCCUCGAAGACUUGGCACAUCUCGUAACAUCACUACAAAGCAAAUGUUCGGACAACAUGACUACAUUCAUCCGACUGUCGCAUCGGCACGUCUGCUUGUCAAAGUGACGGUUUGCACACCGUGACGCCAAGUACCUACGUUCUGCGCAAGCGUGGGUAGUAAUAUCUUUCCAAACAGUUGGCACUGGCGUCGUCAGCCCGUGGUCAUUUGCUUGUGGAAAAAGAAACAACAUUGAUGCAAAGGAAGCAAAGCACCGGCUACUGUGACUGUAUAUCCGUUGGAGAACGGCACUUCUUUACAACCGAAGAGUCGCAGAAUGUUACUGAUGAAUUCUGAGCUCAGUGGAACAUUUGCCACCCAGCAGGAACUGAUUUGAUGGUCACGCUGCGCUUGUCUUGGUCAAAUGUUCAUGGACAUGUUUGAAGCGUGUCAGAAAUGUUGCUGAUUGAUUCGGCGCUCAGUGGAAUGUCCCUAACUGUCUUUGUGUUCUGGAUGAAGCAACAUUAACAUGCGCCACCCAACAGAAAUUGGAUCAACAUUCUACAGUUGCAAGCACUCAUUUGCCAAAAAUAAAAUCAUUUUUUUCCCUGACAAUGGUGUGCUGUCAUCAAGGACUAAAAUGAUCCUACGAGGGUUGAACUAUGGGCAGCAUUGUUUGCUGGAAAGUCCUACUGGAAGUGGCAAGAGUUUAGCCUUGCUGUGUUCAGCACUGGGAUGGCAGCAGGCACAGUUUGAUAAAAUGCAAAGAGAAGAAAGCUCUGGAGAUGAGAGCCACUCUUGUAAAAUCUCUGAUGUUACAAAGUCAAAUGUGACCAUUCCAUGCCAGUGUCUGUGCCAUAGCAAAGUCAGAUGUGCCUCAAAUGCCACAUUGACCAAAGCUCCUGUUGUUGACCUUACAAUGUCACCCACUAAAGAGAUGUCAGAACAGCUGCAUACCGGAUAUCAGACUACCAAGUCAGUUCCUGGAAAAAGGUUACUCUCUGAACUGGGUGACACAAUCCAGCUUUCCAACAACACUGACCAUGACAAAGCAGAUUUCCAGCCUGAGAGGAAACUCAUUCGCACUGCUGAAACCAAGGGAGUUGUAUUUUCAGAAGACGUGCCAGAGCUGGAAAAUCACCCUACAUGCCCUCAGAGUUCAAUUAUGGAGUCAAAAGUCCAUGGUGCUGGAUUAUUGUCCUCGUGCAUUUCCCCUGAAUCAUGCAUCCAGUGCCCAUGUGCAUCAGCCAAGGACACUGUGAAGGAUAAAGAUGCCAAAAGGAAGAUCCCCAAGAUUUACUUUGGCACACGCACACACAAACAAAUAACUCAAAUUGUUCAUGAGAUGAAGCGUACUGCAUACUCCACUGCUCCAAUGACCAUAUUAUCCAGCAGAGAUCAUACCUGUAUCAACCCAGAUGUGGCGCCUCACUCCAACCGGAAUGAACUCUGCAAGGAUCUACUCACGGCCAAAGAUGCAAGAUCAUGCCGUUACUUCCAUGCAGUACAAAAAAUGGCCAACCACAACACUCUGCAGUUGAUCCAUGGAAUGUGCCAAGCUUGGGACAUUGAGGACCUGGUUUCAUUGGGCAAACGGCUUCGCUCAUGUUCAUACUAUGCUGCUCGUGAACUCAUGCAAGGCUCCUACAUCAUCUUCUGUCCAUAUAACUACCUGUUAGAUCCAGUGAUCAGAGAGAGUAUGGAGAUUGAUCUUGCAGGCCACAUCUUGGUGCUGGAUGAAGCCCAUAAUAUUGAAGACUGUGCUAGAGAAAGUGCCAGCUUCAUUUUAGACCACAAUAGUUUGCUGAUGUGCAGGGACGAGUUGGACGGCAUGGUCAACAACAACAUACGGCGGUUGAAACAUGAGCCUCUGAGGGAUUUUUGCUAUUGUCUAGCCAACUGGAUCCAGGAAAGCCAAAGCCUGAUGUCUGAUAGGGGAUAUGAAGAGGCAUGUAAAAUUUGGAGUGGAAAGGAAAUACUGAGUAUUUUUGACACCCUGGGUAUUACUUCUGACAGCUUCCAGAUGCUGAAGCAGAAUAUGGCUGCAGUGCUAGCAAAGGAGGAGAUUGCGAGAGUACUAAAUGGUAAAGAAGAAAUUAUGCAAGUCCCAACCAUCAGCUCAUCAACAUCCAGUAUCCUGAAAGGCCUCUUCAUGGUUCUUGACUUCCUCUACAGAGACAACUGCAGGUAUUCCGAAGACUACAGAGUUGCACUUCGGAAGACAUAUUCUUGGAUGAGCAAAGCCCCGGAUAGCAUGAGGGAUACACAGGGCUUCAUGGCCAAACCAGGCCACAGACAACACCAAAGAAUCAGAGUAAAGACUGGAUUUCUGACAUUGAGUUUCUGGUGCCUCAACCCUGCUGUGGCCUUUUCUGACUUAAGUGGGACAGUGCAUAGCAUUGUUCUGACAUCAGGGACACUGUCACCGAUGGGGUCCUUCUCCUCAGAACUUGGGGUGAAAUUUUCUCUUCAACUGGAGGCCAGUCAUGUCAUCAACAAAUCCCAGGUUUGGGUUGGCACUCUUGGUGUAGGACCUCAAGGCAGAAAGCUCUGUGCCACCUUCCAAUAUGCUGAAACAUAUGCCUUCCAGGAUGAAGUUGGUGACCUGAUACUGCAUGUCUGCCAAGUUGUGCCAAAGGGUGUUCUCUGCUUCUUGCCUUCCUACAAGAUGCUGGAUAAGCUGCGGGAUCGAUGGAACAUCACUGGUGUUUGGGAGAAACUUGAAAAACAAAAGAAAGUGAUAACAGAGCCUCGUGGUGGCGGCAAGGGUGAUUUUGAUGGACUACUUCAGGCUUACUACAAUGCAAUUAAAUCCUGUGAGAAAAGAGAUGGUGCUCUCCUGAUGGCUGUGUGUCGGGGAAAAGUGAGCGAAGGACUAGACUUCACAGAUGACAAUGCAAGAGCAGUGAUCACUAUUGGGAUCCCCUUCCCAAAUAUUAAAGACCUCCAGGUUGAACUCAAGAUGAAGUAUAAUGAUCAGCACUCAAAGAGCAGAGGUCUUCUCCCUGGCCAUCGCUGGUAUGAGAUUCAGGCUUACCGAGCUCUAAACCAGGCCCUGGGAAGGUGUAUUCGUCACCGAAAUGACUGGGGUGCCCUAAUUCUAGUGGAUGAUCGUUAUAGGAGUAAUCCAAACAAGUACAUCAAAGAUCUGUCCAAAUGGGUUCGCCAACUUGUACAGCAUCAUGACACCUUCACCAGCGCCAUGCAGUCCAUUGUAGCAUUCUCUCAGACACUACAGAAGUGUCACCUUCUGACAAAGAGCCAGAACUCAACCGUCUCCUUUCCAAGCAGCGUAUCUGUAACUAAGGCGUUGCAGGAUUUACCCAAACCAGUGGAUUUUUAUCUUUCAUCCCACACACCAGUGAAAGCUGAACAUCAUGAAUUACAAGAUUGGCAGAGGAUGACACACAUUCCACAUUCAGAGCCAUCUUUCCAUCCACCAGCCAACAGUCUGAACCUCAUUUUGACAUCAGAGAAACAACCAAUCCUCUCUCUGCAAAAUAAGAACAAGAACUCUGUCUUUGAAUCAUCAGCUGCAACGGGAUCCAGUGAAUUCAAAAGGGGGGGAUAUAUUCCACAUUUGGAGCCUUCAACAACACGAAGAACCCAUUUGAACACAGAUUGUGAAUUGCCUCCAACCGACAAUCGAAAUGAAAAAGAAGAGGACCAGACUGUCUUUUAUACCCCUGAACUUUUUAAUGCUAAAGCCGGCGCCUGUGAAGGAACUGCGAAAACGUCACCAUCCCUGGUCAUUUUGGGAACAGAGAGUCAAGCCCUACACCCACAGAAUAAUUUGGGAUCUGAGCUCGCCCCAGACUCUGAAAAGAGGAUGGUUUCAUUCAACACGGAGAAUAUACCGUUAUCAGGCAGAGAAGAGACAAAGGUGGGAGCAGAGCAGGUGAGAAACAAGAUCCGGCUCUCAAGAUCCAGACAGAGAGCUCACCUAUCGCCAACAGAUAACUAAUAUCCACGAUAAAUGCUAAUGCAGCUGAAAAUGCAUAUUUCCCCUCAUUAUUCUUUAAAAACUUUUUUUCAAACCACAAUAAAGUAAAUCUUUAACAUUCA